AUGGAUUACCCAGACUACGAGGAUGAUCGAGACUGCUCCAAGAGUCAAGAAUCCUAUAGGAGGGAUAAGGUCAUGGGAGGCAGAGACGCUUUGAUGGGAGAGUUCCCUUGGAGCGUUUUCAUAGAGCUCAACGGCAAGAUGUGCGGAGGUACACUAGUGUCAAAACGUCACAUAAUUACGGCGGCCCAUUGUUUCUCGAUAGGCAAGACGAGUGGUCGCUGCAGCAUCAGACACAUGUAUCCAAAGAAAACUGUGUUGAAGUACGCUACAGCCGUAGUUGGUGGUAUUUGUCGCAAAGAAGACAAAUCAGUCAAAUGCACCGGUGAGAAAGUCGGCAAGAGAAUCCGAAUAAAGAGCGCACACUACGAGGGUUUUUUCAAAGAAAGCUGCAGUGGGACAAGAGAUAUUGCACUUGUUGAAUUGGAGAAGAAUGUUCCUGACGGCGUUCAUCAUGCUUGCUUACCACACCUGCACAAUGUUGAUGAACUGGACGAGUCAACAACGAGGCUCUUCUCAUCGGGAUGGAGAACGAAUCCUCUUCAUGGCACCAUUCGAUCUGCAGCUCCAAUUCAGCAGCUCACCGAUUUGGGUACUACAUUCAUUUUUCAAACUUUCCCUAUCAAGAAUGUCCGCCGAGGAAUUGCCAAAAUUUCGACACUCCGUAGUUUGUGA